CGCACCCGACGCCAGUCCCCGAGCUGACCCUAGAGCAGCUGGAGCCCAGCGAGGAGACGCAGCAGCAGCAGCAGCAGCAGCAGCAGGAGCAGCAGCUGCUCUUCCUCUUCUCUUGCUUUGGUCGCCUCACCAUCAUCCGGACUACACCCACCCAGUGCUGGAGCAGAGUGCGUGGCGCGCCCGGUGGAAAGUAACUCAUGCCAUUUCUCUCCGCCCCACUGCCCUAUAGCGCUCGCUCCGCCCGGCGGCACAUGCACGGAGGCCCCGCGUCUGCAUCUGCGUGGAUCCCCCGCUCCUGCCGCCCUGCUCGGAUGAUCUAAGGACUGCGGGCUGCCGGUUGCCGUGCUGCACGAGGCUGGAGGGCGGGACGGGGGGGGCUCUGCAUGUGUAUAUGGAAGUUGUGGGUCGCGCGGCGGAGGGGAGCAGUUGCACGUUGCGUCCUGCGGCCACCAUGCUUUUCCACGGCAUCUCCGGCGAUCACAUCCAAGGGAUCAUGGAGGAGAUGGAGAGGAGGUCCAAGACGGAGGCGCGCCUGGGGAAGGGCGUGCACGUGAACGGACGGGACACGGGUAUGGCCUCGAUGAGCCAGGAGAAGCCCGCCCUGUGCGCUGGAUGCGGGGGUAAAAUUUCCGACAGGUACUAUUUACUGGCCGUGGACAAGCAGUGGCACCUCAGGUGCCUCAAGUGCUGCGAAUGUAAACUGGCCCUGGAGUCGGAGCUCACUUGUUUCGCGAAGGAUGGCAGCAUUUACUGCAAAGAGGACUAUUACAGAAGGUUCUCCGUGCAGAGGUGCGCGCGCUGCCACCUGGGCAUCUCGGCCUCGGAGAUGGUGAUGCGCGCGCGCGACUCCGUCUACCACCUGGGCUGCUUCACGUGCAGCACGUGCGGCCGGACGCUCACCACGGGCGACCACUUCGGCAUGAAGGACAGCGCGGUGUACUGCAGGGCGCACUUCGAGGCCCUGCUCCAGGGGGACUUCCGGCCGCAGCUCGGCUACCCCGAGCUGGGCGCUAAGGGCGGCGCGGGCGCCGUGGGGCUUCCCUACUUCAACGGCACGGGCACGGUGCAGAAAGGACGGCCGCGGAAGAGGAAGAGCCCCGCCAUGGGGGUGGACAUGGGCUCUUACAGCUCCGGCUGUAACGAAAACGAAGCCGAUCACCUGGACCGGGACCAGCAGCCUUACCCCCCGUCUCAGAAGACGAAACGUAUGCGCACGUCCUUCAAACAUCAUCAGCUUCGCACCAUGAAGUCCUACUUUGCCAUCAACCAUAAUCCUGACGCAAAGGACUUAAAGCAGCUCGCGCAGAAAACUGGCCUCACCAAAAGAGUUCUUCAGGGAGAACAAAUGUUGGGGCAUUACAGCCACACCUCCCGACGUUUGAAAAUUCCCUAAAGUAUUAAAAGAAGGAAAACUUUGAUCGGAAUUCUUCACCAUUGAAGACAAAGACAAUAUUAGGAUAAGAUGCUAGCAUAUUAAAAUCAUUUCAACCAAAAAUGUAAAACAGACCUAAAAAAAAUGGUGUCCUGGUUGGUAACUGUGUUUUUCCCAUUUCCCCAUUAUUCGACCAUGUUGUAUAUAUCCUCUUCGUAUGUCAUUGUGACUCAGAAUUACCCGUGACGUUGAAACGAAUUUCACACGUCGAUGAAAGAAAUAUGUGUAAGUAUAUCGCUAUGUACAACAGAGCAACCUGGCAGAAAGCAACAGAAAAAAAAAAAAGUGUGAUUACAAGAAGGGACGUAUUCAAUAAAACGAAACCAUCGUAUCCCGACAGAAACAUUUGUACAAAACACGCAGUCUCCUCCAUCGUCUUACCGAAAAAGGCUCGCUUUGUCACAAACGGGAUUUUUGCAAACACACGGCCUCCUCGAAACGUAACAGCAGAAUGUCCAUCAAAAGACAGCUGAGCAAGAAGACUGCAGAGCUGCUAUUUUGCCAUCUGGCUGCACGGAGAAAUGAAAGAACAAAAAAAGAUGAAGAAGAUUCUCAUUUUGCAUGCACCUUUAUAUCUUGUUAACAUUUCCUUUAUGUGUACUUUUUUUUUUUGUUUGAUGCACUCUUUUACUGUCAACUGUAAAAUAUACCACCGUAUGAAAGUCCUGU